AUGCAUCUCGACACGCUAGAUCACGCACGAAGACAGUCAUUAGAUCCCAACUCGGGUUUACAAACCUCCGGUUUCCGCAGUAGAGCGGGCUCUGCUACAAGCGAAGACUUUGCGGUUCGAAGUCUACAAGCUCACGAAAGAACUCUCCACCUCGAAAAAAAGCCUACAAGCUCCGGGUUUCUGUUUAGUACAGAUCUUCCUCCGACCAGCGAAAUUGUUCCAGAUGAUUCAGCGCCCGAUUUGACGGGCGGCGAUGCUGCCAGAGGGCAGCGAUUUGCCAACAUAUUCUUGAAUUCAGCAAAGAACAUCAACGCCAAAUACAAUAUAGUAGAUCGCCCGGAAACACAGGCAUCCUCGGACCCCUCAAAGGCUAGCCAGAAGAAGGUGAAGGUUUCCCGAGCCUCUAGAAAUAGAGCAGAGCUAGUAAAGGCUACUUUCGAAAUCAAAUACCAUUGUCUCAAUCUAGCUCUCGAUAUUGGACUGACUGAGCCUACACAGCAUGAGGGAAUUGAGGGAGUUUAUAAUCCAUUGCAGGUGAUUCGUAACCGUGAGAUCAAAAAUCGACUUGAACAUCAUAGCCCCUCUGUCUAUCGUACAUUACCAUUGGCUUGCAAUGCGUUCUCUUCACACUCGCGUGAUGGUAAAAGCUGGUCAAUGGUUUGGGGUAUUGAACUUAAAGAUUUUGUUGCUGACUUUGGAUGGAGACAACUUCACUGGAGCAAGUUGAGAAACGCAAAGGGUGAGUUGUGGUUCCCCAACGAGGGCUCGUCGAAAGAUAAACACAAAAGUUUACAUGACAAACUCUGGGAUGAAAAGGAUACAGACAGUAUAAUCCAUUCGGAGGACAUUAUUCUGAAAGUUCCCAUAAUGUCGGCGCGUGAAAAACCAAAGACGUCUAGAAGACUAAAAAGAAACAUUAAAGAAAAGGCGAAACGGAUCUACGGUAACGCGAGUACUGGCAGCUCUAUUUUGGAGCCAGAGAGCACUGACAAUGGCUCUCAUAUAUUCAACAAGCUGUCAUCGUUGGAAAGCAUAUCACGGAUUAAAAUUGAUCGCGUGGGACGCAGACUCUCCAUUGAUACUCUGAACAACUUCUUGGGGACUCGUAGAGGUAGCAGUGACGCAUACAAUACGUUUAGCAGCGAGGGUGAACCUUCUUCAGAGAGUGAACGUAAAAAAAGUGUCCCGAAAAUUGUCGUCACAGAUCCAUUGCUCAGUCCGGACCUUAGUAACAAAGUUCCCCGUGAAAAAUCUCAUAUUUCACCUACUUUGCAGAGCACAGAAAUGGCGAAAUCAUUUUCUGGAAAAGAGCUCGGUUCUGUCAACGACAUUUCAUUUUCCCAGGUGAACCUUCAGAAGUCUCCUAUGAAGGAUGCUCUUGUUUCAGUUGAAAGCGUAGAACUCAGUGAGGACUCUGAAGAUGUCGAUUUUGCAGUAGAGCCUUUGGAAGGUCCAGACCCCAAAGAUAUCGAUCAAGAAGACAGCUUCGCUCUUUUAGGACGCAAAGUGAAAUUUUUGGAAGCACUUCUGUUUCUUUCAUCGAAUUAUAUUGGCUCCCUCUACCCUCUGGUGAUAGAAGCUGCCGAUGAGAAGGUAAAGACCUUGCACAACGAUAUGAUCAAAAAUCUUUUACUGACAGCCAUACGUAUCAACGACGAGCAUUUGCCAGCCCAGGAGAAUUUGUACAGUGGGUUUCUUGACGAAACUAACACCCUCAUACAUCUCGCAAACGACAAACACGCGGUUCGCAUCGAUAACUUAUUGAGCGCAACAGAUAGAUCGUACAACGAGCUUAACACCUCACUACUCAUGGACCUCCGAAAAGUAAGUGAGCAAUUGGAGAAAUAUAAUUCGAGAUUUUUUGGCCCGUCAGUGACUGCAGUUUUGCGAGACGCUCAAGGCAACGCUCUCUCAAAUGUGCAGCAAUACCAAACCCUCUACCUUGUGCUAGAGAAUGUCAUUGUGGUAUUAUUGCGACUCAUUUGGAUCUUCGCAAAUAUUUUCAAGGUCGUUUGGUUAUUUUUCCGCUCGAUCUAUCUUCUUUUGGUACACCUUUGGAACUUUCUUACUUAG